AUGGCCGCCAAAUUCUCUGCCAACGCCCUCAUCGAGCUGGCCAAGAACCGCCGCUCCAUCUACUCUCUCUCUAAGAAGCUCCCCAUCUCCACCCAGCGCAUCACCGAGAUCGUCAACCAGACCACUCUCGAGACUCCCUCAUCCUUCAACUCCCAGAGCAACCGUGUCGUCGUCCUCUACGGCGCUGAGCACGACAAGCUCUGGGACAUCACAUCCGACGCUCUCAAGGCCAUCGUCCCCGCCGAGAGCUGGGAGAGCACCGCCGGCCGCAUCUCCGGCUUCAAGGCCGCUGCCGGAACUGUCCUCUUCUACGUCGACAACACCACCGUCGAGACCUUCCAGAGCAAGUUUGCCGUCUACGCCGACCGAUUCGAGCCCUGGGCUGUUCAGUCUGCUGCUAUCCAGCAGUACCUCCUCUGGACUGCUCUCGAGGCUGAAGGUCUCGGUGCCAACCUCCAGCACUACAACCCUCUGAUCGACGCCAAGGUUGCUGAGACCUGGAAGAUCCCCUCCGCAUGGACUCUCAACGCUCAGCUCGUCUUCGGUGCUAAGGAGAGCGAGGCCGCCCCCAAGGAGUACAUUCCUGUCGAGGAGCGUGUCAAGGUUUUCGGCGCUUAA